AGUUGGUCAACGUCGAGCAGACUGAACAACAGCAAGCCUCGAACAAGAACAUUUCUCUGAUUUAACAAAGACAAGUGAGAGUGCAGCAGCUUUGUUUGACUUGAAGAAAAAGCGGUCAGCAACUAACUAUUCAUACCUCCUAUUAAGUACACUCUUCAAGUGCAGCAGAUCUAAAUAUUCUGCAAAAUGCAAGCUGUUAGUCAGUGUUCAGCGUGUGCCAGCCGAGCUGCCGCAGGACUUCUGCGAAAUCAGACAGACUUUUCACUGCUGCGGACCACCAGGAGUGUCCUCAGGAGAGGAGCAGCCUGUAUCCGUUUCUCAAGCAGUUCUGAGAAUGUCCCAUUCAGCAGCAAGAAGCCUGGAGUCCAUAAAAUGGGGGAACGGACAGAAACUGUGCACAUGAGCAUUGCGCCUUUAAGUGUUGGCCAUGGGCUUUAUGCUUCCCCUUUCACACAGGAAAUGGAAAACCUCUCUCAUGACUCCCUGAUCAGAAGAGCAGCCUCACUGGUUACAGACAGUUCAUGUACUUUCCUGUCCCAGACUUCCUUGGCUCUCAUAGAUGCCCUUACAGACUACUCAAAGGCUGUGCACACUCGCAUUGCUGUCCAAAGACGGUAUAUAGCCUCAGUGGGAAAACUGACCCCAGCAGAGAAGGAUUCAUUCCUGGAGCUGAUCAAUAACCGGCGUGCAGAGGUUAGUGGAAGACUAUGUGAAUGCAAACGUUUUGAGUCAGUCUGGAUCGAUGCUGUCAACUUGUGUAAAAUGGCAGCUGAGGUAGCACACAAUUCAGGAGCCGAGGAGGCGUCUAUCACAGUGAAGACAAACGUUCAGGUGGCGGAGGCGCAGGUGGGGGAGGCUCGGAAACUGUCAGCGGAUGCAGAGAAGAAGUUGGCCGAGACUAAAGUAGAAGAGAUCCAAAGAAUGGCAGAAUAUACUGCCUUUCUAGAGAACAGUGAGGAGCUUGAGGUGCAGGAGGCUUAUCUACGAGAGGACUAAGACAAAUAGAGAUAUUGGAGAACCAGAAAAAAAAUAAGAUAAAGAAAUAAUUAAGCACAUGUUUCACCUGUGAAAGCUUUGAGACUUCUAGGUUUGAUUUCCCUUUUAUGUCUCUUUUUUAAUCCAUAAAAUGUUUAUAUAUUUGCAUUUACAUGAAGUAUAUCAAAAUUUGAAAAGGGGAUGAAAUACAUUACCCACAAUUUAUAAAUCUGUAAUGUUGCAUAAAUCAUUAUUUAAGACUAUUUAUUUGAUUAGUGACUGUCAGCUGCUUUUGGAGCUUCAGGAAAAUGAUUGUCAAAUCUCCAGUAUAUAUUGUAUGGCAGUGGGGCUUAUCCAGCACUUUGUUGUGGCAAAGGCAUUUUUUAUAAACAUAUUGUUUGCAUGAUUGGGUUUUCACUGUUCACAUAUUUGCAAAAAAUAAAAUCAAUCUAUGAGUAUUUGAUUAAAAA